AUGAAAUUAACAAAAGCAUUCUAUUUUAUUGCCUUUUUAUUGGCCAUAAACGUUUUAGUCCCAGGAUCUAAUAAUUAUGUUGAAGCUAAACCCAAAGGAAAAGGUGGUAACUCCCUUGCUAACAAAAUUAAAAAUAACAAAGCUGCAGUUAUAUCUACAAUACUUACAACAUUAGCAUUAGCAGCAGCUGGUACUUAUGGUGCACUCCAUUAUCAUAAGAAGGGAGCCCCUAAAAAAAAACCCGUAGCACAAAAUGCUAAAGCAGCCCCAGCCCCAGCCCCCGUAGCAGAUAAUAGAGCAGCACCCAAACCAGCUGGUACUACUACUCCCACAAGAGCAUAUCCACCAGCAUACUAA